AGGAGCGAGUGUCGGGAGGUUCUGAGUGGAGGGGUGAGGAGAGAGACAUUGAGCUGAGAGGGAUUGUGAUUAGUUUGUGAGUUGUCAGCGGGGAGAGUGGAGUUUGCACUGAACGAUCUGACAGGUGCUUGUAGAGGAACUUUUCAUCCUGUGGGACCCCCGUCUGCUUCCGACCUCAACUUUCCCCAGAAAGUUUGCAAACAACAGGAGCUGCGGUUCGAGUGCAGCAACACGGAGUUCCGCUAAUCUGUGUCUCCGCAACCGUUAACAUCGAGAGACUGUUACCAUGAACUUUCUGCUCCUUCUAUUCUGCGCUGUGGUGGGGACUGUUGCUCAGGAUCCAGACUCAGCCCAUGGCUGUGCCCAAGGAAGCUGCUACCCUGCCACCGGAGAUCUCCUGGUGGGUCGGCAAAACAAGCUGACAGCAUCGUCAACCUGUGGAAAGAGAAGACAACAACCUUACUGCAUCGUGAGUCACCUGCAGGAUGAGAAAAAAUGUUUCAUCUGCGAUUCCCGUAAACCGUAUGACAGAUUGCGAAAUCCUAACAGCCAUAGAGUGGAAAAUGUGAUUACAACCUUUGCGCAGUAUCGUAAGAAAGCCUGGUGGCAAUCGGAGAAUGGUAUGUCCAAUGUCCAUUUACGUUUGGACCUGGAGGCAGAAUUCCAUUUCACCCACCUCAUCAUGACAUUCAAGACCUUCAGACCUUCUGCCAUGUUGAUUGAGCGUUCUGCAGACUUUGGCCGCACAUGGCAGGUCUAUCGGUACUUCAGUUAUGAUUGUGCCACUGACUUCCCAUACAUCUCUCGGGGUCCCCUGAGAAAGGUGGAUGAUGUGAUCUGUGAAUCGCGCUACUCGGACAUUGAGCCUUCGACUGAGGGAGAAGUGAUCUACAGAGUUCUGGACCCAGCGAUUUCCAUUGAAGACCCCUACAGUCCUCAGAUCCAGAAUUUAUUGAAGAUUACCAACCUGCGCGUGAAUUUCACCAAGUUACACACCCUGGGAGACAACCUGCUCGAUUCACGCCAUGAGAUUAAGGAGAAAUAUUACUACGCUGUGUAUGAAUUAGUGGUGCGAGGAAACUGCUUCUGCUACGGACACGCCAGUGAAUGUGCCCCCAUUGCAGGCAUCCGCGGAGACAUCGAAGGAAUGGUUCAUGGCAGAUGCGUGUGCAAUCACAAUACAAAUGGGUUAAACUGUGAGAAGUGUGAUGACUUCUACAACGAGCUACCCUGGAGACCAGCCAAGGGUCGGAACACCAAUGCGUGCAAACGUUGUAAUUGUAACAAUCACUCUGGGAGGUGUCACUUCGACAUGGCAGUGUACUUAGCUACAGGAAACGUGAGUGGAGGUGUGUGCGAUGAUUGUCACCACAACACGAUGGGCAGGAACUGCGAGAUGUGCAAACCCUUUUAUUACCAGGACCCUUCCAGAGACAUUCGGGACCCCAGAGUCUGCGUUCCAUGUGACUGUGAUCCUGAUGGCUCUCUGAACGGUGGAAUCUGCGACAGUCGGGAUGAUCCAAACCUGGGAAUGAUUGCUGGGCAGUGUCGCUGCAAGGACCACGUGGAGGGUCCACGAUGUGACAGAUGUAAAGCUGGCUACUUUGGGCUCAGUGCUGAAAAUCUACAGGGCUGUCAAUCUUGUUGGUGUGAUCCUCUUGGGACGGUGGGAGAUGGGCUGCCCUGUGACCCUGUCAGUGGAGACUGCUUCUGUAAGAGGCUUGUGACUGGUCGCAGUUGUAACCAGUGCCUGGGUGAGCAUUGGGCACUGAGCCAUGAUCUCAAUGGCUGUCGAGCCUGUGACUGUGAUGUGGGAGGAGCAUAUGACAACCAGUGCUCGAUGGAAAAUGGUCAGUGUCGCUGUCGGAGUCACAUGGUCGGCAGACAGUGCACCCAGGUGGAUUCCGGCCAUUUCUUCAUGGCACUCGAUCAUUACACAUAUGAGGCAGAGCUGGCCCAGCUCAGCAUGGGAGCGACUGUUUCACACCGUGAGCACACUGGAAGUCGCCCUGUCACUUGGACUGGAAGCGGAUUUGUGAGAGUUCCAGAACGUGGCGUGUUGCAAUUCCAUGUCAACAACAUCCCGUAUUCUAUGGAGUAUGACUUGGUAAUCCGCUAUGAACCACAGUUUCCAGAGGAAUGGGAAAAAGUGACUAUUUCCAUUAUCCGGCCUGGCCCCAUUCCUACCAGCAGCCCAUGUGGGAACACCAUUCCCGCUGAUGAUCUGUUAGUCACAACGUUGCCAUCAGGCUUCAGGUAUGUGAUCCUCCCUCAGCCAGUCUGCCUUGAACGUUCAGUCAGUUACACAAUCCGGCUUGAAUUCAAACGUUAUAUUUCACGGGAAAGGAUUCCUAAUGCCAAUAUUCAUGUGGACUCUAUUGUGUUGGUUCCUCGCUAUUCCUCCAUGGAGAUGUUCAUUGCUGGAGAUGCUGCCUCUAUCAGGAGGAAGGAGACCUUUGAGCGUUAUCGCUGCCAUGAUAACAGCAUACCAGUUGUCAUGCCAACAAUGACUGAUGUCUGUGCCAAGCUGAUCAGCAGCAUGUCAGCAAUAAUCCACAAUGGGGCACUGCCCUGUCAAUGCGACCCUCAAGGCUCACUGAGUUUGGAGUGUGAGUCUAACGGUGGGCAGUGUCAGUGCAAACCCAGGGUGAUCGGCCGGCGUUGUCAACAAUGUGCUCCUGGAACAUACGGCUUCAGCCCAAUGGGCUGCAAGGCCUGUAGCUGUAAGCAGGAGGGAUCGUUCAACAUGAUCUGUGACCAAAUCAGUGGGCAGUGCCAGUGCCGUGCGGGAGCAUUUGGCAGGCAGUGUAGUCAAUGCCAACCCAGCCAUUGGGGCUUCCCAAACUGCCAGCCUUGUCGGUGCAAUGGGCAUGCGGAGGAGUGCGACCAGCAGACUGGAGCUUGCCUCAACUGCCGCAGUAACACUGUGGGGCAAAACUGUGAGCGAUGCGCUGCUGGUUACUAUGGAAACUCUGUACUUGGUUCUGGGGGGCAGUGCCGCCCUUGCCCAUGCCCCGGAGGCCCCAGCAGUGGCCGGCAUUUUGCCACCUCGUGCUAUCAGGAUGCGAGAACGAGACAAGUGGUGUGUAACUGUGAUCGAGGAUACACAGAGGUGGUUAAGCGGUCCGGUGGAGGGCACCGUUCUCGGUGUGAAGAAUGUGCACCUGACUACUAUGGUAACCCUUUGCUACCAGGCGGUAGGUGUUUGCCCUGCCAGUGCCACAACAAUAUUGAUGUCAACGAUCCCCAGUCAUGUGAUCGACAGACGGGUCAGUGCUUGAAGUGCCUGUACAACACGGAGGGGUGGCACUGUGAGCAUUGUCGGCUGGGUUACUAUGGUGACGCUUCCCGACGCCGCUGCAGAAAGUGUACAUGUAAUCAUCUGGGCACCAGACGUGACCAAUGCCCAACAAAGGAUGAAUGUGCGUGUGAUAGAAGCACAGGGCAGUGCUCCUGUCUGCCCAACGUGAUGGGUCAAAACUGCGAUCACUGUGCCCCAAACUACUGGAACCUGGACAGUGGGUCAGGGUGUGUGCCUUGUAGGUGUGCUAACAUCAAUUCCUUCACCUCCAACUGUAAUGAGUUCACUGGUCAGUGUCAAUGCCGCCCUGGGUUUGGGGGUCAGUCUUGCACAGACUGCCAGGAGAACUACUGGGGUGAUCCCAAUGUGCAGUGUCGAGUGUGUGACUGUGACCGUCAAGGCAUUGAGAUAAGCCAGUGUGAUCGAGCAACUGGGCAUUGCAUGUGCCGCCAAGCGGUUUCUGGGGUGCGCUGUGACAAGUGCGCCCGUGGAUUCUCAGGACAGUUCCCAGACUGCUACCCUUGCCACCAGUGUUUCGGAGACUGGGAUCGCAUCGUGCAGGACUUGGCGGCUCAGACCAGGCGUCUGGCUGAGCGAGCAGGUGAAAUUCAGCUAACCGGAAUCAGCGGCUUUUACGAAAGUAACUUCCGCAUCCUGGAGGAAAAGUUGCUGCAAGCUCAGAGAAUUGUAAAUGCGCGAAAUGCAACCUCUGUAGCAGUGGCUGAGCUCAUGAAACUGAUAAGUGAUCUUCGGAACAAAAUUACUGCGACCACGGACAUUUUGAAUGGACUUGAAGACGUUCUUACUGCAGUGCAAAACCAGAACAGUGGUGCCAGUGUUGAACUGAGUAACCUGGAACGUGAAGCAAGAGCUCUAAAUCUCUCCACCAAGGAGCUGUCCAGACAGCUUGACAUACUGAAACACUCCAACUUCCUUGGUGCUUAUGACAGUAUACAAAGCUCUUAUGAUCAGUCAUGCCGGGCCGAGAGGACAGUAAAUGGUUCCACUGUGACCUAUCCCAGUAUUGUCAGUACAUCAUCUGGCACCCGUCGUAAGACAGAAGUCUUGAUGAGAACGAGAAAGGAUGAUUUCUAUAGGAAGAAUGCUGCCAACAGGCGUGCUCUCAAUGACUUGGCUGCUAAAGUACAAACAUUAAACCUGAGGAACAUUAAUGAAAAGGUAUGUGGUGCUCCUGGAGAUUUACCAUGCAGUGACAGCCCGUGUGGUGGGGCUGGAUGUUAUGAAGACGAUGGGACCAGGCACUGUGGGGGUCUGAACUGUAAUGGUGCAGUUGCAGUAGCUGACACUUCUCUCGAUCGAGCCCAACAAUCAGAAGAGGAGCUCCAGAGAGCAAUGAAUGAGGUGGAGGAGCUAUUUCAGAAGGUUGCUCUGGCUAAGGUAAAGGCAAAUGAAGCAAAACAGAAAGCUCAAGUGACUCUGGAUAAAGCAAAUGAUGCCAAAGACCGGAUUAAUCGCUCAAACAAAGAACUGCGCGACCUUAUAAAGCAGAUCCGAGACUUUCUUACACAGGAGGGGGCAGACCCUGACAGCAUUGAGAUGGUGGCCAGUCGAGUUCUGGAGCUCUCGAUCCCAGCCUCCCCUCAGCAAAUCCGCUACCUUGCCGAAGAGAUCAAAGACAAGGUCAGCAGUUUGUCUAAUGUUGACACCAUCUUGGAUCAGACCGCAGAUGAUGUGAGGAAAGCAGAACAUCUCCUACUGGACGCAAGAAGGGCAAGGAGCCGUGCAGAAAAUGUUAAAAACACAGCCGAGGCGGUGAAGCAAGCCCUGGAAGAGGCUAGCCAAGCUCAGCAAGCUGCGCAAAGUGCAAUCAGCCGUGCAAAAGGAGACAUAGAAGAGACUGAUCAGACAUUGAAUGGGAUACGCAGUGAAACAGUCAGUGCGGAGAGAGAGCUGAUGAAGGCCAUGGACAGAUUGACACAGCUGAACAACAGAAUUGAUGCACUGAAAAUGAAACGAGCCAAUAAUAGCCUGGUGGCAUCACGGGCAGAAGAAACUGCUACAAUGGCACGUGAUAAAGCCAACGAGGCCAAACAGAUGUUGGAGGGACAGCUCACAGACAAAUAUAAAAUUGUGCACGGUCUUAUAGACCGAAAGAGUGGCACAGUUUUCGACGCUAAACACAAAGCAGAGAGCCUUCGGGAUGAAGCCAAGCAGCUCCUGAGAGAUGCACAAGACAAGCUGGAGAGGUUGAACGAUCUUGAGGGUCAAUAUGAAGCAAAUGAACAGGUGCUAGAGGAAAAGGCCCGCCAGCUGGAUGGUCUGGAGGAGAAGAUGAAAGAAAUUUUGAAAGCUAUUAACCAACAGAUCCAAAUCUACAACACCUGCCAGUAAAUGAACAAAUGCCAAAAAAGAAACUACCCCUACAUAUAAAUAAGCACUUGCAUAAUUAAGCCUUUAGAACAUCCACGGCAAUAUCACAUUAUCCAGCUGUUAGGUGCUAUAUUUUGGCUUUCCUUAUGCACAAAACAUUUCCUCCCCACCAUCACCCCCUCCCACCUCCACAUACAAACUCCACCUCUCAGUUCCCCAAUGAAUCUGUUACAUAAAGAAGCCCCUAAACAAAAAUGCAGUGAGGAAAUCAAGGAGGUAAUGGCCCUGUUUCAUUAAAUACUAAAGAAAUGGAUGCUAUUAAGUCCCUUGAGUCAAAUCAUAUGUGAACAUCAUUUGAGUGGUUCAUGUAAUUUGUGAAAAGAUUAUUAAUGGCAGUUUUUAUUUCAAUUUUAAAAAACUCCGAUUAUCACAUUUUAAGUUCCAUAUAAAAGAAAGGACUAUGUAGGGAAAAAAAAAAUCUUGGUUUAAUCAUGUAGGGCAGGAUUUUCCCCCAUCAGGGAAAAAGUUGAAUUGUAGGCAGGCACAGGCACAUCUCCGAUUGGCGCCCCCAAUUUGGGGCACGGUGCCGUUUUAUGUGGGUGGGCCAGUUAAGGCCCUCCCAGCGCAAUGUCCACUCAGAAGCACUAUGCACUCCCUGUGCAG